GCCUUUUACAUCUACAUCCUCGCGGUCUCGCCGUCGCCGGCGACCUCGCUCUUCUCUCCCUUCCAGCAUCGAAGGCCGGCCUCCGGCUACUUCCGCGUCGACGCCCAUCCAUGGCCAUGUUCAUCUGGGCGCACACAUCUUCUGUGAUUUCUCAUCCAGCCUCAGAUCUUCUCCCGUCCGUAUCUAACUUCCAUGAGUGUUUAAAUAACCAAAGGUGUUUGAUCUCUCAGCAGUGGAAGCCUGCAAUUUCUGCUGAAAGGUUGUUGAGGCAUAGAAGGAAGAAAUGUGUAACAUUAAUGAGUGUUGAAGGAAUAUCAGAUCCUGAUACUUUAGAUGAUUCAUCGAUAUUGACCAAGAGAACUGAUGCACCUUUGAUUGACGCCCUGAAAGCUACUGCAGAAGAGGAUGUCGCUUGCUUUCACUUCCCGGGACAUAACAGGGGGAAAGCAGCUCCAUAUGGAUUGUCUGAUCUUAUUGGUCAUGGAACUUUUACACAUGAUCUACCAGAACUCCCUGAGUUGGACGAUUUAUUCUCUCCAAAAGGUGCAAUUUUAGAUGCUCAGGUAAAAGCAGCAAAAUUGUUUGGUGCAUCUGAGACUUGGUUUCUUGUUGGAGGCACCACUUGUGGCAUACAAGCGUCCAUAAUGGCUACUUGUUGUCCGGGUGAUGUACUAAUUCUACCACGGAAUUCUCAUAUUUCUGCAACCUCGGGUCUCAUACUGUCUGGUGCGAUGCCAAAGUACAUUCUACCAGAAUAUAGUUCUCACUGGGACAUUGCUGGUGGAGUAACACCAACACAAGUUGAGACAGCCAUAAAAGAAUUGGAGGGGGGCAGAAAAGCUCCAGCUGCAGUUUUAGUAACUUCGCCUACUUACCAUGGCAUAUGCUCUAAUUUGAGUGAGAUCAUGAAACUUUGUCACUCACGAGGUAUUCCUGUUAUAGUGGAUGAAGCUCAUGGUGCUCAUUUUCGGUUUCAUCCAAACUUCCCGAGCACUGCACUCGAACAGGGUGCAGACCUGGCUGUCCAGUCAACCCACAAGGUUCUAUCCUCUCUCACACAGUCAUCUAUGUUGCAUGCAUCUGGAAACCUUAUAGACAGGGAGAGGAUAACCAAAUGCCUUCAAAUUCUGCAGAGUUCCAGCCCAAGUUAUCUGUUACUUGCAUCAUUAGAUGCUGCAAGAGCUCAGAUAGAAGAAAAGCCAGAUACAAUUUUUUCGAAUGCCUUGGCCUUGUCCUUGCUCGCAAAACAUGAAAUAAGAAAAAUUCCAGGGGUAUCUUUGCUGGAGUCUUCUUGUUUUGUCUCUGGUUUUCCGGCUAUUGAUCCCUUGCGCAUCACUCUUGGAGUAUCUCAGCUCCAUAUGUCAGGCUAUUUGGCUGACGAGGAACUCUGGGAAGGACAUCACAUAAUACCUGAACUCGUAGGAAGCAAAUCCUUAACAUUCGCAGUCAACUUGGGUACAACUAGGAAAGAUGUUGAGAGGCUUAUUUCCGGCUUUAAAACAGUUUCCAUUAAAUUCUUUAAAGGCAGCAAUCUACAAUCUGGUGUGGAGAAUGGAGUUCUAAUUCCAGAUCUGACUACAUAUGGUUCCAUGCAACUCAGUCCUAGGGAUGCAUUUUUUGCCAAAAAAAGGAGAGUAAGCAUUAGCGAAAGCCUCGGAGAGAUCUGUGGCGAGUUGAUAUGCCCAUACCCACCUGGUAUUCCAGUCAUGGUUCCUGGUGAAGUUAUAACCGACGAAGCUCUGUCAUAUCUGUUAAAUGUUAUGAGGAUGGGAGCCGAAAUCAGUGGAGCAUCUGAUCAUCGGCUUUCAUCAAUUCUUGUAUGUAUUGCAUCACAUAAUGGCAAGGUUGCCCAAGAAGCUUAAUAUCGCAAGGAUCCACUGUUUCAUUUGCUGCCAAAUUGUUGUUAUCUCGCAAGAACUCCAGCAACUUAACAGUGUGUGAAUGUCAGCCAUAGUUGAUUCAUUGUUGGAUAUCUCACGGUGCUUCAAGCGGCCUCUGUGGUACUGUGAAACCAAAGUCACUACUGAUGGAGAUAUAGGCAUGUAGAUCAACUUCCUGUACUCAAGAGCGCUGCCUCGGUUCCUACCAAAGCUGAUGGUGUACAGGUUCUUUAGUAGAAUGGCGAUCAAUUUUAUUCAAGCGAUCAGUUUAGAAAAUCAACUU